AUGAUUCUUGAUGACUCCCCUCUGCAUUCAUGGCUAAAAGGAAAACUCACGCUGAUUGGAAAACUUCACAGUUUUGAUCGUCUUGAAAAUGCCCCUUAUUCUUUCAAGAACUGUGACGGAUCUUAUUGUGAAAUAAAAUACCUUGGUGAUAUAUACAUCGGUGUGAAGUUUGUGAACAAAGACAAUAGGAAAGUUUUUACGAACACCUGGACUGAUUGGUUUACUAAAGUAGGUAGUGGUGAUGUUGCAAUUACAUAUUCUGAGAGAAUCGCAUGGAUAAAAAUCCUUGGUCUCCCACCAGAAGUAUGUUCUAAAGAAAACUUCUCGAUGAUUGCGGAAUUUGUUGGUAGGGUUGUGGUCCGUUGUGUGGUUGAUCAAUCAACUAUUAAUCUAUCAUAUGGAAAGGUCGGUAUCCUAACACCCUUGGUAUCCACAAUAUCCAGUGAACCUGUGGUGGAAGUCAAUGGUAGAAUCAUCAAACUACAAAACGUAGAAGUAGAUCUAGAUUGGGCUCCAUUCAAACAAAGAUACUACUCUACGGAAGUGAGCUCUUCAUCGGAGGAUGGAUAUGACGACAAUGACGGAGAGGGUGUGGAUGGAUACAUGGUGGAUACCAUUCCAUCUAAGAAUAUCAAUGAAGACCUGGGGGAAGGGGAGAUUGGUCAUACUGAUACUGAAUUUGUUAAAGACUCGUACAUUGAUAACAUGCAGGUGGAUGUUAGAGGUAAUGUCCGGUCGCCAGAGGUGAAUUCAGCACCGGUGGAGGAUGCGACAGGUGAAAACGAUCGAGUAACUGGGAAUGCCUUGCCUGGGGAACACCAAAGGUCAGUCAAAGAUAUUAUUGUGCAUGGGGAACAGCUGGAUAACCAGACUCAAUGUUGGUCAAAAAUGAAUGUGGGGCAAGAUGAAUGGCUUAAUGGACCUUUGAAAAAAUUAGAUAGGUCCAGUGGACUUAGGCUGUUUACAAACAAUUCAGAGUCAGGAGAAAAUCAAAGAUGUCACACAGGGGUUAAUUUCGAAGGGUAA